CCCCUCCCCAACGACCAAUUCACCGUCAAUUGAGUCUCCAAUCCCGCCUGUCGACAAUGCCUCUCCCACUUCGCCGCAAACCCCCAAUCACUACCCCACCCAACCUCCUCCUCCACCUCAUCAAAAACCUCGGGUUUAUCUCCGCGUCCCUCAUCUUCCUGCCCUUCAGUUUGACGGUCUUGUUUUGGGCCACGGUUUUUAAUUGGGUUUUCUCGGAGGAGAAGGGGAGGGUGAGGGCUGGUGAGAGGAGGAUGACGGUCAUGGUUUCGGGGGGACGGGCGACGAAGGGUUUGGUGCAUAUGAGGGCUUUUGCUAGAGCUGGGCACCGUGUCAUUGCUGUCGAGGAACCCUCGCAAUCCCUCAACGCUGCCAGAUUCUCGAAGUAUGUGGCGGCGUACUAUGCACUCACCGACCCCCUCAAGUCUCAAGAUGCGUACACGAAUCGGCUCGUGGAGAUUGCGCGACGCGAAAAGGUGGACGUGUUCGUCCCCGCAUCUGGUGUGGCUACGACAUUAUGUGACGGACAUGCGAAGCCUGCACUCGAGAAGUUGGGUGUGAGGGUAUUGCAGUUCGAUGCUGACCUUGGCUACAAGUUGGAUAAGAAAGAUGCGUUUAUGGGGUUGUGUCGGGACUUGGGUCUCGAGGUCCCGGAGACUGUGUUGGUGAGGAGCGUGGAGGAUGUUAUGGACUUUUCAUGGGAGAAGAAGAGGGAGGAGGGUAAGAAGUUUUUGUUGAAGUGUGUUGGCGUCGACGAUAAGACGAGGAAUGAUAUGACAUUGUUUCCUUGGGAUGAUUUGGAGGGGAUGAGGGGUUAUGUCAAUACGUUGGGUAUCACGGAUGAGAAUCCGUAUAUCAUUCAGGAGUUUGUGAAGGGGACUGAAUACUGCUGCCAAUCCGUUGCUAUUGACGGUGUCGUCCGUACGUUUUCUUGUUGCGAGAGUAGCGACCUCCUCAUGAACUACGCACACAUCACCCCCGCCUCCGGUCCCUCCGCCUCGAAUGCCCGUCAGAUCGCGAAACAAUGUCUGGACUUCACAACCGAGUUCUGCAAAAAGAUGAACAUCACCGGCCAGAUCUCGUUCGAUUUCAUUGAGAGGGAUGGAAGGGUUUUGCCGAUCGAGUGUAAUCCGAGGACGCAUACUGCGAAUACGUUAUUGGCGAAUCAUCCUGGGUAUGCGCACGCGUAUCUCGCUUCUCCUCUUGCGAAUGCGACGUAUGGGCCAGAGGGCCACCAAGGGCAGUUUAACGGCAACGGCAAUGGCAAUGGCAAUGGCAAUGGGCACGGCAAGGUUUCGUCUUCUCGGCAUUUGUGGCCGAUUCAGCCGUCGCCUGCUGAGCCGCCGACGUACUGGAUUCCGCACGAGAUUUUCGAUGCGAUUCGGUACCUUGAUCCAUUGACGCUCGUCUACCGUCUGAUGCUGGAGAGGGAGGCACAGUGGGAUUGGAGAGAUCCUGUACCGGGAGUGUGGUUGUACCACGUGUACUGGCCGUCGGUGUUGUUGGAGAGUUUGCUGGGAGGAAGGAGGUGGACGAGGAUUAAUGCGAGUACGGGUAAGGUGUUUUGGUGUUAGAUGAGAAAUUAAUGGAGGGAGCCGAAGGAUGUGAGGUUGUGGUACAUGCAUGAUUGAGAU